ACCACCACCACCCCAUCUACCACCACUCCACUCCGCCGCCCCUCGAUCAUGUUUCUCCGCCGCGCUGUCCCAGCGCUCACCAAGCGCGCUGUGAUCCGUCCCACCGUCACGCGCUCAUUUGCCCUCUCCGCCCGCCAAAGAAGCGAACGUGAUCCUCAUGUUGGGCAGCCCAGUGGUCAGCUGAAGAAGUUUGAAGAAAUCAAGGAUGAACACGAUCUUCUUCCACCGGGAGCCCAGCCUGGUACCAUCCCUACCGAUCUCGAACAGUCGACUGGUCUGGAACGAUUGGAAAUCUUGGGAAAGAUGCAGGGCGUGGAUAUCUUCGAUAUGCGUCCAUUGGAUGCGAGCCGGAAAGGCACGCUCGAGGACCCGAUUAUUGUCAAGUCGUUCGGUGAUGAGCAGUACAUUGGCUGCACCGGUUGCCCGGCAGACUCUCAUGUUGUCAUCUGGUUGGUGACUUCCCGCGAACGCCCUGCUCAGCGCUGCCCCGAGUGCGGAAGCAACUAUCAGAUGGAAUAUGUCGGCCCACAGGAUGAUGGCCACGGACACGACCACGGCCACGGUGCUCAUGAUGAACACGUCUAUGAGGAGCCCAAGACCAUGGCCGAUUUUGUCAAGCCAGCUUACAGAUAGAGUACCACAUGAUGGUGCGAUCUCUUUUUGGGGAGAGGGACAUAUAUGUUGUUGUUUGCAGAUGCUGAGCAGAGGAGCAGUAGAGCCAGCUUUUGUAACAUACCGUCUGGAUAGCUGUGUCGAAAUGCCAGAGUUGCAGAAGAACUUAGAAUACCAGCC